GACCAGGAAAGGCUCUUCAGGCUUCCUGCAAGCCCAGGAGGGAGAUGAAGGUGCUGCAGUUGGGUGAGAUGUGGCUGCUGCUGGUGGCCCUGUGCCUGGCCCAGGGGCUGGAAGAUGCCAUCCCAGGUGAUGAAUUCUUCCACAACCCAGAGAGGUUCAUGAACAUUAGUGAGAAGAUCCUUUUCCACGGCUAUCCCAGCGAGGAGUACGAGGUGAUGACAGAGGAUGGCUACUUCCUGAGCCUCAACAGGAUUCCCCACGGCAAGGAGGGCACCAGGCUCUCAGGAGCCAGGACCCCCGUGCUGAUAGUGCAUGGGUUUUGCCUUGAUGGUGGUGACUGGGUGGACAACUUACCCGAGAACAGCCUGGCCUUCAUCCUGGCGGACGCGGGAUAUGACGUCUGGAUCGGGAACAACCGCGGCAGCAGCUGGUCCCGCCGGCACCGCAGCCUGUCCACAGCCUCCGAGGAGUUCUGGGACUUCAGCUUCCACGAGAUGGCCGUGUACGACCUGCCGGCCAUGGUGGGCUUCAUCCUGAUGCAAACGGAGCAGAAGCAGCUGUUCUACGUUGGCCACGCUCAGGGCAGUUCCCUGGGUUUCAUAGCAUUUUCCAGCUUGCCACAUCUGGCCAAGAAAAUCAAACUCUUCUUUGCCCUGGCUCCCGUGUACACCUUCCACCACGUCCGGGGCCCUGUGUUAAAGCUGGCCUUCCUAUCAGACCUGCUGCUCAAGGAGAUAUUUGGAACCAGAGAGCUGGUUCUGGUGCCAAGGAAGGAGAAGCUGUUCCUGGUUGACAAGUGCAGCAAGCCACUGGAAGCUGAAGUGUGUGCCGACAGCAUCUUCCUGUUCGGAGGCUUUGACAGGAACAACUUGAACAUGAGCCGACUGGAUGUGUACCUAUCUCAUUUUCCAGACUAUACAUCAGUAAAAAAUCUCGUGCACUGGGGACAGACUGCAAAAACCGCCGAGUUCAAGCAGUUUGACUACGGGCUGAGAAACAUAGAGAAGUACAACCAGCUGAGGCCUCCCUCUUACGAGAUCGAGGCCAUGCGGGUGCCGGUGGCCGUGUGGAGUGGGGGGCACGACUGGGUGACCCCCCAUAAGGAGACCGAGCGCUUGCUGUCCCGCCUCACCCACGUCGUGCACCACGAGCACUUCCCCGACUGGAACCACUUCGACCACCACUGGGGCCUGAACGCCCCCCAGCGCAUGUACCAGCGGAUGGUGGCCAUGAUGGAGGAGAAUCCAUGACCCCAUCUGUGCAUCCAUCCAUGGAUCCAAUGAUGGAUCCAUCCAUGGAUCCAUCCAUGAAUCCAUCCAUUAACCCAUCCAUGAAUCCACCCAUAGAUCCAUCCAUGAACCCAUCCAUGAAUCCAUCCAUUAACCCAUCCAUGAAUCCAUCCAUGAACCCAUCUAUCAAUCCAUUGAUGAAGCCAUCCAUGAAUCCAUCCCUGGAUCCAUCCAUCAAUCCAUCCACAGAUCCAUCUAUCAAUCCAUCCACGGAUCCAUCCACAAAUCCAUCCAUCAAUCCAUUGAUGACCCCAUCUAUAAAUCCAUCCAUUAACCCAUCCAUUAAUCAAUCCAUCAAUCCAUCCGUUAAUCCAUCAAUGAACCCAUCAUCGAUGAAUCCACCCAUAAAUCCCUCCAUGAAUUCAUCCAUGAAUCCCUCCAUGAAUUCAUCCAUGAAUCUGUCAAUGAACCCACCCAGCCAUGAAUCCAUCAAUGAAACCACCCAGCCUCAAA